ACAGACAGUAUUGGCGGCCGUGUGUGGUAUUGGUGGCGAUGAUGGAUGUGAGAGGAGCACGCCUGUCCUCCUAUCCUUCCUUCGCAGCGCCUCCCUCCUACUCCAGGCCCUCCGCGACGCACCAGACGGACUACCCCACUAUCCCCCCUAAGUACACCUAUGACUACGGCGUGACUGACCAUUAUUCCGGGGCCAAUUUCGGCCACACGGAAAGUCGCGAGGGGUACAAGACCGAAGGCAGGUACACCGUGGACCUCCCGGACGGCCGCAAGCAGAUCGUUACCUACGUGGACAAGGGCGACGGUCUGGAGGCUGAGGUGGUCUACGAAGGAGAGGCCAAGUACCCUGUAUACAAGCCUGAGCCCAGUUAUAAGGUUGCUCCAGUGUACAAGCCUGCCCCUGUGUACAAGCCUGCCCCAGUGUACAAGCCAGCACCAGUCUACAAGCCAGCUCCAGUCUACAAGCCUGUCUAUUCAAAGCCAUCUGUGUAUUAUACUUAAGAUAGUCACAAUUUCUUCCAUCUGUCAGCCAGUGUACUGUUGGGAAAACGUAACCUGAGGGAUGAAUGAAUCCUUUUACUUGAUAAUCAAAAUACUUCAUCCGUUUUCCGUUCAUUAUUUUUCGUGCAUUUUUGGUAUAAACUUAGAGUGUUCCCAAUGGUACACUCCAUCAUAUGCACCGCCGUGCCCCGCUGUGUCCCACCCAAGCCACGCCUCAGCACUGCCUCCCGCCGCCCUGCUUCAUCCCCUCCAUGCUGGUGGUUGCCUUAAAGAUAUUCAUUAGGUCGUAGUGAUGUCAUACUUCUCAGGAAACUUGAAGAUUCACGUGAGCCACUCUAGAUUUAGUUAAAAUGUUUAUGUUUUGUCUUGUUUUUCUCAUCUCAUCCACAAACUCAAGCUAUGGUGUCCGUCUGCCAGGUUACGUAAUAAAUUUUACUAAGUAGUUCA